CAGUUUUUUCCAGAGGAAAGCAAAAUAAGGAACUAUGAGAAACCCUUCAACUCUGCUUUUCCUGAUUCUCCAGGGGACUGUUCUGGCUCACGGAUAUAAAAAUGUUGCAUUGCAUGGAAAAGCCACCCAGUCUGACAGAUUAAAUCAUGUUUUUGGAGCUGCUUCAGAAGCUAUAGAUGGAAACCGCCAGGCUCACUUUUAUGCAGGAUCAUGUACUCACACUGAGAGAAUGACCAAUCCCUGGUGGAGAGUGGACCUGCUGGAUACCUACAUUAUCACAUCAAUGUCUGUUACAAACAGAGGAGACUGCUGUGCAGAACUAUUAAACGGAGCAGAGAUUCACAUUGGAAACUCUUUACUCAGUGACGGCGCUGCUAACCCAGUGGUUGCUAUGAUUUCUCAUAUCCCAGCUGGCAGGACUUUGACAAUAACAUUUACCACCCAUGUGGAAGGACGCUAUGUGACUAUAGUGCUCCCUGGUCCAAACAGAAUCCUUACGCUUUGUGAAUUGGAAGUCUAUGGUUACCCCGCUCCAACUGGAGAGAAUAUUGCAAUAUAUGGAAAAGCUUCACAGUCAACAGUUGCCGCUGGAGCCAUUGCCUACAAUGCUAUAGAUGGGAAUCGUGAUGCUCGCUUUGACCACGGUUCCUGCAGUAUCACAAAUAAUGACUUUAACCCCUGGUGGAGACUGGACCUGGGGACAACCCAUAAAGUGUUCUCUAUUAGGAUAACCAACCGGAUGGAACAUGCAAGCAGAAUUAAUGGAGCUGAAAUUCGUAUUGGAGAUUCUCUUGAUAACAAUGGAAACACCAAUCCCAGGUGUGCUGUGAUCUCUACCAUCUCUCCUGGUUUUACUGAAACCUUUCAGUGCAACGGCAUGGAUGGUCGAUUCAUCAACAUUGUCAUACCUGGACGAAAUGAGUUUCUCACUCUGUGUGAGGUGGAAGUGUAUGGAUCUAGACUGGAUUACUCUUCCUUGAGAGCUGGUGGAGGGAUCCAGACUGAUAUCUUCAGAAUCAUGAGGCUCACUGUAUUAUUUCACCUACUGCUCCUCCUGCCAAUGUUCUCAGCCUAUAUUUACCAAAAUGUGGCUUUACGGGGCAAAGCUACACAGUCUUCUCAAUUGAAAGGAGACAAUCAUGGUUAUGUGGGUGCCUACAAUGCUAUUGAUGGAAACCGAAAUUCUGAUCUUAAAAAAGGAUCAUGCGCCCACACUGAUGCUGAAAAUAAUCCCUGGUGGAGAGUAGAUCUGCUGGAUUCAUACAUUGUCACCGAGGUCAUCAUCACUAACAGAGGAGACUGCUGUGAAGAUCGUAUAGAUGGUGCAGAGAUUCGCAUCGGAAAGUCCUCGCAAGACCAUGGCUUUGCAAACCCUGUGGUUGGUACAAUUUCCACUAUUGCAGCUGGAAGUUCUUACACAAUAAAUACGACUAAUCAUGUGGAAGGUCGUUAUGUGACUGUAAUAUUACCUGGUUUGAACAAGUAUCUAACACUGUGUGAAGUGGAGGUCUACGGGUACCGUUCUCCAACUGAAGAAAAUGUUGCAGUUUACGGAAAAGCCUCGCAGUCAACAGUUUAUCCUGCAGCCAUUGCCUACAAUGCUAUAGAUGGGAACCGUGAAGCUCGCUUUGACCUUGGUUCCUGCAGUGCCACAAAUAAUGACUUUAACCCCUGGUGGAGACUGGACCUGGGGAGAACCCAUAAAGUGUUCUCUAUUAGCAUAACCAACCGGAUGGAAGUUCACACUCGAACUAAUGGAGCUGAAAUUCGUAUUGGAAAUUCACUUGUUAACAAUGGAAAUAACAAUCCCAGAUGUGCUGUGAUCUCAACCAUCUCAGCUGGUUUUACUGAAACCUUUCAGUGCAAUGGCAUGGAUGGUCGAUUCAUCAAUGUUGUCAUACCUGGACGAAAUGAGUAUCUCACUCUUUGUGAGGUGGAAGUGUAUGCAUCUAGACUGGAUUAUAAAAAGGAGCACUACCGCAGAAUCAUGAGGCACGUUGUAUUAUUUAAUCUACUGAUUCUUCUGCCAAUGUUUUCAGCCUAUGCUUACCAAAAUGUGGCUUUACGGGGCAAAGCUACACAGUCCUCCUACUCUACAGGAGACAAUCAAGGUUAUGUGGGUGCCUACAAUGCUAUUGAUGGAAACCGCAAUGCUGAUCUUAAAAAAGGAUCAUGCUCCCACACUGACGCUGAAAAUAAUCCCUGGUGGAGAGUAGAUCUGCUGGAUUCAUACAUUGUCACCCAGGUCAUCAUCACCAACAGAGGAGACUGCUGUGAAGAUUAUAUCAACGGUGCAGAGAUUCGAAUCGGAAAGUCUUUACGAGACCAUGGCUCAGCAAACCCCGUGGUUGCUACAAUUUCCACUAUUGCAGCUGGAAGUUCUUACACAAUAAAUAUGACUAAUCAUGUGGAAGGUCGUUAUGUGACGGUAAUAUUACCUGGUUUGAACAAGUAUCUAACACUGUGUGAAGUUGAGGUCUACGGGUACCGUUCCCCAACUGAAGAAAAUGUUGCAGUUUAUGGAAAAGCCUCGCAGUCAACAGUUUAUCCUGCAGCCAUUGCCUACAAUGCUAUAGACGGGAACCGUGAAGCUCGCUUUGACUUUGGUUCCUGCAGUGCCACAAAUAAUGACUUUAACCCCUGGUGGAGACUGGACCUGGGGAGAACCCAUAAAGUGUUCUCUAUUAGCAUAACCAACCGGAUGGAACAUGCAAACAGAAUUAAUGGAGCUGAAAUCCGUAUUGGAAAUUCACUUGUUAACAAUGGAAAUAACAAUCCCAGAUGUGCUGUGAUCUCAACCAUCUCACCUGGUUUUACUGAAACCUUUCGGUGCAACGGCACGGAUGGUCGAUUCAUCAACGUUGUCAUACCUGGACGAAAGGAGUAUCUCACUCUUUGUGAGGUGGAGGUGUAUGCAUCUAGACUAGAUUAAAUAAAACCUGGUUGGAUUGAAACUUCAUAUUGAAAUCAAUGCUGAAAUGUGUGCAUGGCCAAGAUGUCUGCUUGAGCUAAAGUUACCAGAUUUAACAACCUGAUUGUUUAACACCUAAAACAAUGAUAUAUAAUUAAUCAUUUUAUAAUUAAAAUAAUAAUUUGCUAUGCGGCAGGAUGUUAAUAAGGGUACUUGAAACCACUAUGACCUUUUGAAGGUUAAAGCUGCAGGAUUUAUUCAAACCACUAAAAGGAGUGAAACUGUGAUAAAUAACUGAACAGAUUAGUAAAAUUUGGGAUGGGACCUAAAAUUUUAGGUCUGUUUAAACUGCUGAUGUAAUGAUCUGGCCUGUUUGCUCUCCUUUAAUUGGUAAUUUCUUUCACCUGUCGUUUUUCCUUCCUGCCUCAAUUAUUAUUUAUUCCUCUCACCUGUUUCCUCUUGGUUAUAUUCAG